AUGAAUCAAUCACGGAAAGCCUUAUUUCAAUCUCCACAUGUGAUAAGCAGUGAUAAUAACGCGAAUGCGUUAAUGUUAUCGAAUAAAAUUGAGCUGGAAAACGCUACACAAAUAUUCCGUGUUGAAACUGAAAAAGAAAUGGCUUUAGAACGUUUACAAAAAAUACGCGAAAAUAUUCAAUCACUCUCAUCAGAUGCAUGGUUAUAUGAAGAUCCAGAUAAGCUGAUUGGAUUUCAACGAGUUCCGAAUUAUUAA